AUGCUGGGGACCUGCCUCAGACUCCUGGUGGGCGCUCUGUGCACCGUCUGCAGCUUGGACACUGCUAGAGCCUAUUCAGACACUUCCCCACUGCUUGGCUCCAACUGGGGGAGCCUGACCCACCUGUACACAGCUACAGCCAGGAACAGCUAUCACCUACAGAUCCAUAGGGAUGGCCAUGUAGACGGAACACCCCAUCAGACUAUCUACAGUGCCCUGAUGAUCACAUCAGAGGAUGCUGGCUCCGUAGUGAUAAUAGGGGCCAUGACCAGAAGGUUCCUUUGUAUGGAUCUCCGCGGCAACAUUUUUGGAUCGCAUCACUUCAGCCCGGAGAACUGCAGAUUCCGCCAGUGGACGCUGGAGAACGGCUAUGACGUCUACCUGUCACCGAAGCAUCACUACCUGGUGAGCUUGGGCCGCUCCAAGCGCAUCUUCCAGCCCGGUACCAACCCGCCGCCCUUCUCGCAGUUCCUGGCGCGCAGGAACGAGGUCCCGCUGCUGCACUUCUACACCGCGCGCCCACGGCGCCACACGCGCAGCGCCGAGGACCCGCCGGAGCGCGACCCGCUGAAUGUGCUCAAGCCGCGGCCCCGCGCUACUCCCAUACCGGUAUCCUGCUCGCGCGAGCUACCGAGCGCGGAGGAAGGUGGCCCCGCGGCCAGCGACCCCCUGGGGGUGCUGCGCAGAGGCCGCGGGGAUGCUCGCGGGGGCGCGGGAGGCACGGAUCGGUGUCGCCCCUUUCCCAGGUUCGUCUAGGUCCCCAGCCCCGGCUGCCUCCACCUCCAUCCUCCAGUCGGUUCACCCCACGUGGAGAGCUGGGGUACCCUGAAGAUGUCUGCUUCUCUCCCUUCCCUUUGGGCCUGAGAGUCACCUGCAAGGUUCCAGCCAGGCACCGCUAUUCAGAGCCAA